AUGAAGAGCCGGUCCAAACGCGUGAAAGGAGCAUGUGCAGGUGUAAAUCACAGAAGGCUCAUUCUCGCGGCUCAUAACCCUGAAACUGCCAAAGAGGCCAAGAGGUCCAUUGAAAAGAGCACAAGGCGUAUUGGUGCAAAGAAGCUCAACCGGUUGGAUGCAGUGGUUGAAAAUGCUGCCGUCGCUACACCAAGAUUCCAGAUUGCGGAGGCAGAUGAACUGACGGUAACAAUUAACGUCAUCUCCACCUUCUUACUGGCAGCGUUAUUACUUCCCAAGAUGAAACAGACAGCCCAAAAGUUCCAUACUCGUCCGCACCUUAAUAUCGUAUGUACGGGAGCUAUAUUUCACACAUCUUUCCCCGAGGCUCAAUCCCGCAGGAUGUUUGAGCAGCUCAAUGAUAAAAGGUCCGCUCGCAUGCAAGCUCGCUAUCAUAUUAGCAAGCUCAUGGUGGCCAUGAUAUGCCGAGAGAUCUACGCAAUGCAUCACGAAGGAUCGCCGGUGAUAAUCAACUAUUCGAAUCCGGGAUUUUGCCAUUCAACUCUGCUUCGGAAAAUGUUUCUUGGUGAUAUUAUCAUGGCUUGUCUCGCUCGUUCUGCCGAAUGCGGGAGUCGAACGGUUAUCCAUGCGUUAACGGCGGGCGCGGAUUCCCACGGGCAGUACUUGAACGAUGGAAAGGUCAAAAGCCCACCGCAUCUAUUGUUGACGAGAGAGGGUGCUGAUAUACAGCGGCAGGUUUAUAAGGAGUUGGCACGGAAACUGGAAGCGAUUCAGCCUGGAAUCACAGCCAAUCUUGAUGGAAGAACUCCAGACAAGUGGAUGAAGGAUCAUUGGCACUGA